UAAAGCUAAUAAUUCAAAACCUAUGUGGAUGUAUAAACUGAUAAAAAGCAACCAUAUGAACUCACAUUUUCUUCAUCCAGUAACAAACAAAUCUAGUCAACCACAUAAACUCCAAAAAAGAAGAUGAAUCCUAUGUUUUACUUCCUUCUUGUCUCAACCGCUGUUUUGGCCGCCACAGCAAAGGCGGGCGAACCAGUUGUCGACACUGAUGGUAAUCUCAUAUCCAAUGGCAGUUACUACGCUGUCCCAGUCUCCCACUAUGAAAGUGCCCUGACUCUCGCCUCCGGUGGUGCCAACCCAUGUCCCCUUUAUGUCGGACCGGAAUUAUCAAGGAGGAACAAGGGCCUUCCCCUAAGAUUCUUAAACUGGGGUUCUGGAGCUAGGUUCGUUCCCGAAUCAGAGAACCUCAACAUCAAGAUGGACCUCCCACCUACGAUCUGCGGUCAGUCAUCCUAUUGGUGGCUCACUGAGACUGAGAUUAAAGGAUGGCUGUUCAUAGCAGCUGGUCCUAAGCCAGAAACUGGAAAAGAUUCGUCCAAAAGUUCCUUCCAGAUCAAGAAAGCUGGAGGUCUACUUAGCGGUUACAAGUUUGUGUAUUGUGGUGGCGAUAAGAGCUGCUACGAAUUCGGAAUGGUUGUGGACAGAUAUGGCUAUAGCCGUUUGGCUCCAUCCAAUCUGCCAUUCCGCUUUGUGUUCGUGAAAGCUGACUAGGCAGAGGCUGCGUCAAAGUCCAAAAUUAUGUCUAUUAAUCGAGCGAAGUUAAAGACUACAAAAUUACGUGGAUAAGAGUUUUAACUAGCUACUAAUAAUAAAACUCUAUCCCUGUGUUCUCUGUUUUCUUUGUUCAUCUUAAAUGGAAUAAAACCAAUU